CAAGAUGGGAAAACGGAGGUGAAGAGGCAAAGACCGGUCGGUGGACGACCCCUCGCUCUCUCUCUCGCCCUCUCCCUUUGGCGAUGGCCGACGAAGAUCCGAACGACGCCGUCCUCAGCGACGUCGAAGGCGACGAUGACCCCAUCCCCAUCGUCCUCCCUUCCCCCUCCCCCUCCGCCUCUACCGUCCCUUCCCCCUCAGCCGCCACCAUCGCCGCGGCGGAGCAGCGCGUCCGCGACCUCCUCGCCGAGCUCGAGAAGGAGCGCGGCGCCAGGAAGUCCGCUGAGGGCACCUUUAACCGCCUUAAGUCCUUGGCCCAUGACGCCAUCAGGCAGCGCGACGAGGCCCUUCGCGACAAGGAGGAGGCCGUCAGGCGGCGCGAUGAGGCGAUCCGCGAUAAGGAGGAGGCCGCCCGAUCCGCCGAACGGACCGUCGCCGAGCUGUCGGACGCCCUCCGCCUCAAGGACGAGGCCUCGAAGCAGAAGGACUCGCUGCGGUCGGAGAUGGAGACCGCCGCCCAGAUGCUGCUCUCCGGCAUCGGUAAGAUCUCGGGCAAGGUCAGCGGGUUUAAGAACUUCUCUGCCUCCGGUGGCCUCCCGACCUCCCAGAAGUACACCGGGCUGCCGGCCGUGGCUUACGGAGUCAUCAAGCGGGCGAAUGAGAUCGCCGAGGAGCUCAUGAAGCAGAUUGAUGCUUCCUCGAAGGCCAGGGACCAGGCGAGGGAACAGGUGGAGCAACGGAACUACGAGAUUGCGAUCGAGGUGUCGCAGCUGGAGGCUGCCAUCGUGGGUCUUAGAGAAGAAGCCUCCAAGAAGACCUCAGAGAUCGAAUCCCUUGAAAAGAUAGUUGCUGAGAGGGGAUCAAGGAUCUCAGAGAUGGAGGAUGAGAUAUCCAAAUUGAGACAGCACGGUGACGAUCGUGAUGCCAAAAUCAAGGGUUUGGAAACGAAAUUGGAAUCUCAGAGGCCAUUGAUCUUCGACCAGUUAAAUUACACUUCGAAGGCCUACGGACAGAUCCGAGAGAUUCUCAAGUGUGUUGAUAAGGAUAACAACGAUGUGUCUGAGUCUUCUGACUCUUUAUUUAUGUGGGAAGAGAUGGAUGUUGAUGAUAAUUUGCGAUCUUUGUUGGAUGGAACUAAGUCUGUUUACGAACUGGCUAGUGUUGCAGCGGAGAAAGUAAGGGAUUGGUUGGAGGACAGUAACAACAAAGUCAAUGACUUGAAUGAGAAGGUCAUGGAGCUGCUAGCAGAGAAGCAGCACAUUGGGACUUUGCUCAGAAGUGCAUUGUCAUCAAAGACAGAUGAGGUGCUCCAUGUGGCGGAGGAGGGUUUAAGAGAAGUAGGGAUAGAAUUGAGAUUGGACCGUCAUGAUGAACAUGAUUCAAAUAAUAGUGGAGAAAAUGAAGUGUAUAUCUUGGCGGAUGCUUUGGGAACUACUGUCAAGGAGUCCCAGAUCAAGAUCAUUGAGCUGCAGCAUUUGGUGGAAGCGCUCAGGGCAGAAUGCAGUCUACUGAAAUCCCGUUUGGAUGCUCAAGCAAAAGAGAUUUCCCAGCUGAAACAUCAUAUAAAGCAGCUUGAGGAGAAGGAGCGGUCGGCGAAUGAAAAUGUUGAGGGCCUCAUGAUGGACAUUGCUGCAGCAGAAGAGGAAAUUACAAGAUGGAAAUUGGCUGCAGAACAAGAAGCUGCAGCAGGCAGGGCUGUUGAACAGGAGUUUCAGUUACAGUUGUCAGCUCUUAGAAAGGAACUAGAUGAUGCACAACAAGCAGCUAUAGAGUCAGAGAACAAGCUCAAGUUCAAAGAAGAGACUGCAGCAGCAGCAAUGGCGGCAAGAGAUGCUGCUGAGAAAUCAUUAAGGCUGGCCGACAUAAGGUCCACGAGGCUGAGGGAGAGACUGGAGGAGUUAACCCGACAGCUCGAAGAAUCUGACAACCAAGAUGAUCUCAGGAAUAGGAACGGCUACCGUUAUGUGUGCUGGCCAUGGCAAUGGCUGGGGCUGAAUCUUGUAAGAUACCACCAAACUGAUGUACAGCAAGAUAACAAUGAGAUGGAACUGUCAGAACCCCUCGUGUAGGAUACGUUGCUGUUUCCAUGAGCAGAAAGAAAGAACUCAAUACUUGUAACAAGAGGGAGUGUGACACUCUGCAUCGGUUGCUCAUUCUAGUCCGUAGAACCAGGAAUUCCUGUCGUGUCAGGUGCAGAAAUCUUAUAGAACUGUGUUUGUUCAGUGAUUGAGAGUAAAAUUUCUACCAAGGGCUAUAUAUAUGAUUCAUUUUGAUCUCUA